AACGUGGCCGUCCCCAGCGCUAAUCGUGCACGCCGGGAUCCCCGUUCUCGGUAAACAUUUCCACCCAACUUUCUUCGCCUGAUCUUUGACCUGGGCCUCGUGAGCCUCUCAAGGACUGGCUGCAGUGUUUCCCCUCCCCUACCUCUCCCAGCACCUUUGGUCAGGGGCCAGUUUGUCAAUUUGCCAUCUGUGGAUCCUUAAAAAAAAAAAGGAGGGGUAGUGAGAAAUGUGUUCUCUCGUGUUCUUGACCGUGUCCCACUAGGGGUGAGCUCACUUCCGGGCCACCGCCACGACUGAGCGAGGGAUCCCGCCGCAUCGGAUAACGUUUGCGGGGCACAAAUCUCAGUGAAGAACAACCCGUGCCGGUUCCUUGACUUCUUAAUCUAUGGUUUUAGUCUUUUGUUCUUAGCGUUUUUCCUCAGAAAUAGCCUCAGCCCUCCUCCCCUACCCCCCGAAUUUGGCUCUCUACGGCUUUGGGGGAAGUUGGCCUCUGCUCUUGGGUCUUAGAAACCCCAAUCCAGGGACAACUGCUUUCUCAACUCUGGGCAGGGGAAUGGGUGUCCCCUCUGCAUCUCCCUCUGUCUAAGCUGGUGGCACAGGUGCAGGUAGGGGAGUUAGCUAAUAAUAAUAAUUGUGGCAUUUGUAAGCGCUUGCUAUGUGCCAAGCUAAGAAAUGGGGUCAGGAAAGCCAGGGAGCCGGGUGGGUGCAGGACCCCCCGGGCUCUAGGAAGAAAGGGGGAGUCGUCAUCUUCUCUACCCCCUCGCUUCCUGUCCAACUGGCUUGAGGGGUGACUCAGGGAGGGAGGGGUGACCCACACUCCCCCACACCCCGUGACUCUGCCCUAAGGGCAACAGAAAGGCGGCAGGGCCAGAACUUCUAAGGGAGCAUCAAACUCUGAUCCUGAUGGUGAAGUCAAGGGUGGGAGCUGACCAGCAGGUGACACGUGCCACCCUAAGAGAUCGGCGAGGACCCCCCCCCAGCCGAACGUGAUGGAGAAGGGGCCCCGACAGGGCCCUAGGGUCUCCCUGCUGCUCACGGCAGAGGGGUCGGGGCCUCCGGUUGAAAAGCAGGCAUUCCUUGAUGUGGGGAGAUCUGCGGUAGAUAAGGGAGCGGUCUCCCGGGCGCUCCGUCCCCUUUGGUCCCCGGUCAUCUCCACCCCCUGCUUCUGCCCCGCCGGUCGGGCUCCGCGCCAGCAGCAGGCUCGGCAGGUCCCAGGGGCGUGGCGAAGAGGCAGAGCCAGCCGGUCGCCGGUAGAGAGGGAGAGCCAGACCGGAGAGAGUCGGGGAGCCAGAGACCCUCGCCCCCUGACCCCGGAGGAGGUGGGAAGGGAAGGAGGAAGAAGGCCAUGAGUUCCGUGUUCUACUACGCGCUCCCUGCCCUUGGCGGCUACGCGCUGCUCUCCCUCUGCCUCUUGCGCCGACCUCGGCUGCUCCACUCCCCGCGGGUCCCGGCCUUCUCCUGCCGCCUGGCUGCUCACCGAGGAGGUAAGUUGGGGCAGGUGGGGACUGCGGGGACCCUGGUGGAGGUGGAGACCAGAGGUGGAGGAGACCAGAGCCGGAAGAGGGGUCCUACUCACGGGGAAGGAACCCACAGCCAUCCGUCCUCUCCCGCAGGCUCCGGGGAACGGAUUGAAAAUACUCUGGAGGCCUUUGAAAAUGCGGAAGCCCAGCGAGCUGACCUGUUGGAGCUGGACUGUCAGCUGAGCAAAGAUGGGGUGGUCAUCGUCUCCCACGACUCCAACCUCCUGCGCCAGUCAGGCCUUAACGAGGAUAUCCGGAACCUGAACUCUGCCGAAUUGCCCUUGUACAAGGAGGAGCUGGAAGUGUACUUCUCUCCGGGCCGGUUUUCUCGGGGAACGGAUCGCCGGAUGGUACGACUGGAAGAGGUUUUCCAGAGGUUCCCCCGGACGCCUGUCAGCGUGGAGGUGAAGAUGGACAGUGACGACCUCAUCCAAAAGGUGGCCGACCUGACUCGCCAGUACGGCCGCAGCCACAUCACGGUCUGGGCUGCCGAAAAGAGCUGCAUCAUGAAGAAGUGUCGGGAGGCUAACCCCGAAAUGCCGAUCUCCUUCACUGUGGGCCGAGGACUGAGGUUGCUGUUUCUCUUCUACGUGGGACUGCUGCCGUUCUGCCCCAUCCCUGAGCAAUUCCUGCUCUGCUUCAUGCCCUCUAUAAUCAACAGGACGUAUUUCCCGUUUUGUUCUCGCAUGGCCAACUGGUGCGCAUCAGCCUUCCUGCGCAGGUUGAUCAUGAGAAAAAGUCUGAUAAGGCAUCUGGAGGCCCGUGGGGUCCAGGUCAUUUUCUGGUGUCUGAAUGAGGAGGCGGAUUUUGAGGUGGCCUUUGGGCUUGGGGCCAGCGGGGUCAUGACAGACUACCCCACCGUUCUGCGUCGUUAUCUUGAUAAUCACUUCCCCCCUCCCUGAGACAGCUCCUGGCUCCCCUCAAGGAGAUGGGGUUUCAAAUCCCCCCGAAAUCCGUGGGACCCCUCCCCCCCCAACACCCCCUGCCUUAGUUACUUUCAGCCCCCCGCUUCAU